AUGAAACAUUCAAGUCAGUCAUGGGACAACGCACGUUUAAUAUGGUUACUGCGGCAUAAUAUAUCAAAUUAUACUAAUCAAACUGAAAUUGAAGAUCAGUACAAUGUUCUCGGGAGUACUGAUGCAACAGUUUUUCAACACAUAAACAUCUUGCAAAAACAUGUAAUACAUAGCCGUUGUUCGUAUAGUGAUUGCCCUCAAUUAGAACGUUCAACACAAAGUUGUCAAAUUAUAUUUCGCAAAAAGAACGGUUGUUAUCCAAAUGUACUUGAAGAUUUUUCAUAUGAGCAAGCGGGCAGAUGUGGCACAUCGGUGCCUGAAAAUUUCUGGGGUGACACAUUCGAAAGUGAUAUGUUAAUGGAGGAUGGUAGUAGACGAAUUAUCGAGUGCAGCGCAGCAAAGCGCAUAUAUUCGCCUAAGCAGUUUCUCAUUAAUCCGCCAUUUUGUAUUCUCGACAUUUCGUCGGAAAGUCGAACAAGUACACGAGCUUUACCAGAUACACUAAUGAUUGGCGAACACUUGUAAGUAACUCUCAACUAUUCACUUAUUACGCAAAAAUAGUAGCGACUUUUAAUCGAACAAACAGGCAAAUCUGUUGAAUUGUUUUAAGCAUCUAAACUCAAGAACGGUAGCCAAUAUCUUGGAUGCUCAGUCCGAGGUAUAUCAGCUACUUUUACGACC